GCGCCGGAAAACCUAAUCUUCCGUGACCGGAAGUUCCUUUGUUGUGGGGGAACCCGGAAGUGUGUGGACGACUCCGACGGGGCGAGAUGGGUUGCGAUGGGGGAACCAUCCCCAAGAGGCACGAGCUGGUGAAGGGGCCUCGGAAGGUCGAGAAGGUGGACAAAAAUGCAGAGCUAGUGGCCCAGUGGUAUUACUGCACUCUGAGUCAGGAAAAAUUAAACAGACCUAUCGUUGCUUGUGAGCUUGGCAGGCUAUAUAACAAAGAUGCGAUCAUUGAAUUUUUGCUGGACAAAUCUUCUGAGAAAGCCAUUGUGGAGGCUGCAUCCCAUAUCAGGAGUAUUAAGAAUGUCAUAGAACUGAACCUCACAGACAAUCCAGCUUGGACUGGUGACAAGGGGAACACAAAAGGGGAUAAAUACGAUGACAUCCAGAGUGCACGUUUUAUUUGCCCUAUAGUGGGACUGGAAAUGAAUGGAAGACACAGGUUUUGCUUCUUACGGAACUGUGGGUGUGUGUUCUCCGAGCGUGCCCUCAAAGAAAUUAAGACUGAAGCUUGUCACAAGUGUUCUGUUCCUUUUGAAGACGGUGAUGUGAUUGUACUUAAUGGAACAAAAGAGGAUGUAGAAGUCCUGAAGAAAAGAAUGGAAGACAGAAGGCUUAAGAGCAAAUUGGGAAAGAAAUCCAAGAAACCAAAAGCGGCAGAGACUAUUGUGAAAUCCAGUACUGUGGAAGAGUCACCUGGACCGUCAACAUCAAGUGCGGGACAGGAUUCCGCAAACAUUAAUUCCGGAGAAAAGAGGAACAUUGCCUUUUGCAAGGGUACAGCAGCUGAGGAAAGCACGUUGUCUUCAUCUGAAAAAGAAAGCAAAAAUGCAUCUGGGCCCCUCAAGCGAUCUGCUGCAAACAAGGAGGAGAAAUCAGAAGCAUACAAGUCUAUUUUUACUUCCCACAGCUCAGCCAAGCGCUCCAAGGAGCAGUCUUCCAAUUGGAUUACUCACACAGCUUACUAUUUUUGAAGCGAUCAUGUGCCCAGCUCCUCACGAGUUCUACUUUCCCUCUGACAAGGAAGGUCUUUGUAAUCUGGUUUCAUGCAACAUGCUAAGUGAUCUGCAAAUUCAAAAGUAACUGAUGUAGAUGAGGGGGGGGGGCGGGGGAAACAUUAUUCAGACUGGCUUUGCUUGUUUUCAGAAGAGGCAAUUUGAAGUGGUAGUCUUUAAGUACCUGUUACCCUUGCUCACCACUGACAUUCAUUCAGUGAUUUUACUUGAUCCUACUUCAUUUUCAUAAUUGGAACAUGUGCAUCGUAUUAGUAUAGGAACGGAAGGCAGGAUUCCAUCACCCAGAUUCUGUGGCAGCCGCCCAAUAUCUGGCAAGCCAGCUGUCCUCAUUAUCAGCCCUGUUUGUGUUGGAAAUUGUAGGCUGGAGACACAGCAUCGUUUGACAUCCUUCUCGUACAGUUUUUCUUCAACCCUGGCAUCGAUGGGUCACGAGGCAAUCUGAGAAGGUUCAAACGAACAGGAUAUUUAGCCAGCCCUUUUCCUUACCGAAAGAUCACUUUAGUGAGUCCCAUUUCUCCAUCCACAAAAAUCUAGAGUUUGAGAAAUCCCUGGGCUGGUUUUUUUUUUUUUUUAGCGGAGUGAUAAGCAGCAUUGCAGGUUUUGCCCUGGCUGUUUCACUAGUAACAGGCAGAUCUCAUCCCAGUUUCUCAGGUGUAGAAUGUUGCUGAAUAUUCCGUUUCCAUUCUUGUCACUGUCUCUUCCUUACAAAUAAAGCACGACGUAAUACUAUGUUUCCUACAGUGUGACGUCCUUAUCCGA